AUGGGACAGACUAUCUCAACCCCUUUGGACUUGACUUUAGCUCACUGGACUGACGUUAAGAGCCGAGCUCAUAGUUUAUCUGUUGAAAUAAAGAAAGGAAAAUGGCAAACUCUAUGUGAGGGAGAAUGGACUAUGUUUAAUGUUGGAUGGCCCCGAGGAGGGACCUUCAACCCAGAUCUUAUUCAGGCUGUUAAAUGGAUCAUCUUGCAGGAGCCCCGAGGCCACCCCGACCAAAUGCCUUACAUUUUUAGUUGGCAGGAUCUUGUCCAAAACCCACCUUCCUGGUUGAAGCCCUGGAUUCCUCCCCAACCCACUAACAGUAGCCCCUCGGGGGAUUCAAAAGUUCUCAUUGCAGGACCCCCCCGGAAGAAAAAGAAGAUUUACCCGGACAUUCAGACGGAGCUCCUCCUGGAUUCACCACCACCCUACCCGCCAACCCACACCCCCACAGCUCCUCUUCCUGCCACCUCACAAGAAGGGACACAGGGGGGCCCAGCCACGGGGACCUGGAGUAGGUGAGCUCUGUCUCCUGAUACUACCGUUGCCCUACCACUCAGGGCUAUAGGACCCCCACCCCCUUUAGGACCAGGGGAUGACUCAACUCAGAGACCUCUGCCACCCCUACAAUAUUGGCCUUUCUCCUCCGCAGACCUUUAUAAUUGGAAGGCCAACCACACUCCCUUCUCUGAGGACCCCUCAAAAUUAACUGCACUCAUGGAAUCCCUAGUUUUCUCCCACCAGCCCACAUGGGACGAUUGCCAGCAGUUACUCCAGACCCUCUUCACGACCGAGGAGAGGGAACGUAUCCUGUUGGAGGCCAGAAAGAACGUCCCUGGUGACGACAGGCGCCCAACCCAACUCCAGAACGUUAUAGAUGAAGGGUUCCCCCUGAUCAGACCCAACUGGGACUUCAACACCCCUGACGGUAGGGAGCAUCUCCGAAUCUAUCGCCAGGCUCUGGUGGCUGGUCUCCGCGGGGCUGCAAGACGCCCUACCAAUUUGGCCAAGGUAAGGGAAGUCAUUCAGGGACCUAAUGAGGUCCCCUCUGUGUUCCUCGAGCACCUCAUGGAGGCCUAUCGUAGAUAUACGCCCUUUGAUCCUAUGGCGGAGGAACAAAGGGUUUCAGUGCUGAUGUAUUUUGUAGAUCAGUCAGCGCCAGAUAUCAGAAGGAAAUUACAAAGACUAGAUGGGUUAAGCCGCUAUACUCUGUCAGACUUAGUUAAGGAAGCAGAAAAGGUUUAUAAUAAAAGAGAAACUGAAGAGGAAAAAGAAGAGAGAAUGGCAAAAGAACAGGAAGAAAGGGACCAUAAACGUGAUAAGAGGCAUGAGAAAAACAUGACUCGAAUUCUGAAUGCCGUAAUCCAGAAUAGAAAAGAAGCAGGCAGACCUAGGGAUACUAGGCAGAAGCAAAACCUGGGCAACAGGUGCCAAUUAGAAAAGGACCAAUGUGCCUAUUGCAAUGAGAAGGGACACUGGAUUAAGGACUGCCCCAAAAAGAAACCAAAAGAGGUUCUGACCCUAGAAGAUGAUGAAUGAGGGGGACGGGGCUCGGAUCCCCUCCCCGAGCCUAGGGUAACUUUGAAGGUGGAGGGGAAACCCAUCCAGUUCCUAGUGGACACUGGCGCCCAGCACUCGGUCCUACUGAAACCAGAAGGACCCCUUUCUAACAAGAAAUCAUGGGUGCUCGGGGCUACUGGAAAUCAACAAUUUUCAUGGACUACCCGAAGAACGGUGGACCUAGGUGUGGGCCGGGUAUCCCACUCGUUCCUCAUGAUUCCAGGCUGCCCCGCUCCCUUAUUGGGACGGGACUUAUUAACAAAAAUAGGAGCCCAAAUUACCUUCACAAAGAAGAGCCCCCAAGUGACUGACCAACAUGGGGAAAUUAUCCAUGUUUUAACUAUGAAACUAGAAGAUGAACAUAGGCUAUUUGAAAGGCCUCAGACCAAUGCAGACAUUGGCAAAUGGCUCACCAAAGUCCCGGGAGCAUGGGCCGAGACUGCCGGGAUGGGAUUGGCCACCCAUCAACCACCAAUAAUUGUUGAUCUAAAGGCUUCCGCAACACCUGUCUCGGUACGUCAAUACCCCAUGAGUCAGGAGGCCAGAGAAGGAAUAAAACCUCACAUAAUGAGGCUCUUAGAAUUAGGAGUCCUAAGAAGGUGCCAAUCUCCCUGGAAUACCCCUUUGCUACCAGUGCGCAAGCCAAAUACCAAUGACUAUCGCCCAGUUCAGGACUUAAGGGAGGUUAAUAAGAGGGUUGAAGACCUACACCCAACCGUGCCUAACCCCUAUAACCUACUGAGUUCACUACCUCCAGACCGAGACUGGUACACAGUCUUGGACCUGAAAGAUGCUUUUUUCUGUUUGCCACUGAAUGAAAAAAGUCAACCUAUCUUUGCCUUUCAAUGGAAGGACCCAGACUCCGGAAUCUCCGGACAGUUGACUUGGACUAGGCUGCCUCAAGGAUUCAAAAAUUCACCCACCAUCUUUGACGAGACACUUCACCAGGACCUGGCCUCCUUCCGAACCUCAAACCCCCAGGUAACUCUCCUCCAAUACGUUGACAACUUACUCCUCGCAGCUGUAACCCAAACUGAAUGUGAACAGGGGACAAAGGCACUAUUAGAGGAACUGGCCCGCCUGGGUUACCGUGCCUCAGCAAUGAAGGCCCAACUCUGCAAAAGGCAAGUAACCUACCUGGGGUACUCUCUAAAAGGAGGGCGGAGAUGGCUGACGAAAGCACGUAAACAGGCUGUGGAACAGAUCCCAGUGCCUGCAAAUGCCAGGCAAGUACGGGAAUUCCUGGGAUCUGCAGGAUUUUGUAGACUGUGGAUACUGGGGUUUGCCGCCCUGGCGGCCCCCCUCUACCUCUUGACUAAGACGUCUGCAGUUUUCCAAUGGGGAGAGGAACAACAACAGGCUUUUGACGACAUCAAGCAUGCCCUCUUAAAGGCACCUGCUCUCUCCCUUCUCGACACCUCCAAGCCGUUUUACUUGUAUAUACAUGAGCAGAAAGGCAUUGCAAAAGGGGUACUGACCCAGAAACUAGGGCCCUGGCGAAAGCCAGUGGCCUAUUUAUCGAAAAAGUUGGAUCCUGUGGCCGCUGGGUGGCCCCCUUGCCUUAAGAUUAUUGCCUCCGUGGCUUUACUUUUGAAGGAUGCUGAUAAAUUAACUCUGGGGCAGACUGUCACAGUCAUUGUAUCCCAUGCACUGGAGAGUGUCAUCCGCCAGCCUCCAGACCGAUGGCUCUCAAACGCCCGAAUCACCCACUACCAGAGUCUCCUCCUUAACUCGGAUAGAGUCAAGUUUGCACCCCCCACUCAACUAAAUCCGGCUACCCUCUGGCCAGACCCCGACUCCACAGUAAUCCACAGCUGUGGGGACAUCUUGGCUGAGGUUACCAGAAUGAGACCUGAUCUGACAGACCAGCCACUACCGGAUGCCAAGGUAACCUGGUUCACUGAUGGCAGUAGCUAUCUCCUUGAAGGUAAGCGGAUGGCGGGGGCGGCAAUUGUUGAUGGAGACAGGGUGAUCUGGGCUAUCAAACUGCCUGAAGGGACUUCAGCCCAGAAGGCCGAACUAAUUGCAUUAACCCAGGCCUUAAAUAUGGCAGAAGGGAAAAAAGCUACCAUAUAUACAGACAGCCGGUAUGCUUUUGCAACUGCACAUGUGCAUGGUGCCAUAUACCAGCAGAGAGGAUUAUUAACCUCUGCAGGAAAAGAAAUCAAAAACAAACAAGAAAUUUUAGAUUUACUCGAUGCCCUGCAUCGGCCGGCCAAGCUGGCCAUAGUCCAUUGUCUGGGGCACCAGAAAGGAAACUCUCUAGUGGCAAGAGGGAACAGGAUGGCUGAUGUAGAGGCCAAAAAGGCUGCUCAAGGAACCCCCCCCUUCUAUGAAGGGCUGGCUGCCUCAGGAAAUGUAACGUUUACCAAUGAGACCUCUGGCCUACGCUGGCGGCCCCCACCUGGCACUCAGGGACUCACUAUGAGUUUCGUCUCUGGAGCAGGACUCUGUCUGGUAGGCCCUCGGAAGGAGAGGAAAAAGACCCCAGACCUAAUUGAGUGCCUUAUUCAGACUGUUGUUCUCCAACAUAAGAAAACCUUAAUUCGGUUUUUGGAUAAGCACUUAGAAACUUCUUUGGCUGAAGAGUAUGACUGGCCUACUCUCCUCACUGAGGCCACAAGGUGUGGCACAAGCCUCAUGGAUAACACAGGGCCAGAGGAACAGAUAACCACAUGA